AGCUAGAGCUUUCCUCCAGGAGCUGGGUGUUCCCAGUUUAUAACAGGCUGCCUGCCUCUCCGCUGUGUUAGUGAACAGGCAGAAUGCAGAGUGGAGAGCUGGUUUGGGGGCUGCUGCUCGCCCUGCUCUGGGGAGGACACUGCUGGGGUCUCACAGAGGAAGAGAAAAGCAGCAUUGUCCUUCUGCACAACGCACUGCGCUCUCAGGUCAGCCCCAGCGCCACCGACAUGCAGCUCAUGGUAAGGGAAAGGAGCCGUGUCCCCCUCGAUGUAUUCCAGAGGGAAAUGGGACUCGGAGCUGGAGGCGCUGGCUGCAUAUGGGACCACAACCCUGACAGGGGGGAGACGGGGGAGAACCUGUUCCUGACCAGCGGGCAGCUGAACGGGACUCGAGUGCUGCAGAGCUGGUACGAGGAGCACCUGGAUUAUACCUUCCACACAGGCAGCUGCACGCCUGGGAAAAUGUGUGGCCACUACACCCAGGUGGUCUGGGCAAACAGCAACAGAGUUGGAUGUGGAGAACACUUCUGUGAGACAGUGGAGGGGAUAGACCAGAAGAGACUCACAUUCCUGGUGUGCAAUUACUAUCCCAAAGGAAAUUACCGGGGUAUGAAACCGUACGUGUCGGGACCCUCCUGCUCAAGCUGCCCCCCAGACCACACCUGUGUUGAGAAGCUCUGUGAUGCUGGGCAGACCUCCACGACUGUGCGGUACGACACAGAUCACACAGACGCUGAUCCGGGGACGAGCCCCAGCUGGGAGACGCACUCUGACAGCUCUCUAGAGAGCAACUCCGCUCCAGGGACCCCCUCCUACAGCGACGAGAAGAUCAGCAGCGAGGAGACAGAGGUGAAUCAUGCAGACUCUUCGGAAGAGAGGUCCGAAGCCGGCCGAGGUGCUGUGAACCAGCCGUGUGCCAAAGGGAUCCUGGCUGUAAUCCUGCUGACCGUGUUCCUGCUGUAAAUUGUAGGGCAUGGACUCUCCCCCCUCUCCUUUAACCUCAAUCAGCCCUCCAUUAGCACUGUUGAUGAUGGCUUUACAACAGACCCCUGGCAGACCUCUGUUGUUCUGCAGCUGUGAUGAAAACCUUCUAAACAGCAGAUUGGAACAGAACUGGAACAGUGGACACACAGAUACUGGGUUAACAGUAAUACAUUGCAGAGCAAUUGUAUAUUCCUUUGUACAUAUGAAUAAAGAGGAAGUAUGAC